AUGUCAUUAAGUGGAACUGAAAAGUUGAAAUAUGGAAUUAGUACACAAGGCUCGCCCGAACUAGACUAUUUGUUCAAGCAGCUAAUCCACCCAGAUGCCUCCACCGACCCUGAAAAAAUCCUCUCUUACUUGGCAUACUACUAUCCCAGAAUUAAGAAUGCGGCCAAUGUCCAAUUGUUGACUCAAUAUUUCUUGCAAUGCCCACUUUUCUUCAAUGAUGGCCAGGUGAUCGAGCUCCGGUGGGCCGUAAGGACGAUCGACUGCUUCCGAUACGUCGUUGAGAAGAAAUACCAGGUUUCGGAGCCAACGGUUCCGUUUUAUUCGUUUUACCGGUCGAUUUUUGCGGCGGUGAGAAAUGUUCUUUGCAGCGGUCCAAUAUUCAUGAAUAGUUGGAAAGUUUGCCCGAUUAUAGCGGGAUGCCUUACUGCAGAAGCAUCCAGAGAGACCCAUGAUCCGUAUCCGCGCUAUUUGGAGGCCAUUCGGGAAGCUGAUUCGAAGUUUCUCGAAACUUUUGGACGCUGCCUAGUUUCCAGCCAAUCUCUCUGGUUGGGGAAAGAUCUCAUAUACAUGGAGCUUAUCUGCUUAUCCUGUGUUCAAGACCAGGUUUCAGAACGUACCUUGGCGCAAAUAUUGAGGUUGAGACCCGAUCUUCCGUUAGAUCUCGUUGUUUUUGUCUUUAAUUCACCAUAUGGAUUUGACAACGGUCGUUUAAUAACGGCAAAAUCCACCAAUUCCAUCGCUGUUUCAUAUCUCAGCGGUUUGUCGAGGCUUUUCUGCACUCUGCUAAGCGUAUAUCCGGAUCAGAUGACUGCUAUCAAAUGCAUCGACUCGUGUUUGAAUCACUGCCGUAAUUAUUGCGUGUCCUUAUUUGAUUUGGUGCAUUCUGCCCACAUUACACAGGCAAAUACAAAUUCUCCCACCUGGAAGCUUCUCAAGCAGAACUUCUUUGCCCUGAUUUCCAUGUUUGAAGGUGUUGCCAGGUUUAUCUACCAACAGGGCACAUUUAAGGAUGCCAAAUCAUGCUGUGGCUUUAGCAGGAGGAUGCUUGACUCGCUUCUGUACACCAGUUUCAUUUCCGAUGCGAUCGGAACCGGCGGAUUCGAUGCUUACACUUUUGUCUAUAAUGUGUCACUCGACUGUUUGAAAAACAUGGAUGCACAUGCAGCUGGUCUGCUUGUCCAAACGUGGGCGGAAUCUCUCCGGCCGAUCGACGCGUCGGCUUCCGAUUUCAUGGCGAGGUCGAAACUGCUCUUUUGGCUAAAUUUUUCAGAGAGCUGCAUCGGCAUUCUUCCAAGAGAGAUACGAUUCGAUACUGUUCUCGCCAUUGUGCGGCAACUAAUUGAGAAUCCAGCAUCUCAGGAGGUGUUGGAAGGAUCGCAUUCUGUGGUUCUUGGAUAUUUUGAGCUUUUGCAGGAUUCAAAUGAGGCCUCAACCAGUAGUUGGCUUCAGCAAACGAAAAAGACGGUAUAUGAGUACUUGCAGAUUGCAUUAAAGCAAUUUCCAUCAAAGCUUUCUUUUAGACAGACUUCCGUAGUGGUUGAUACUGUUGCGAGGGCCGUUUCUCCGGGAUCUGCCUUGUAUGAUGCGGAUAAAACGUUGUGUGAUGAAAUUUUCUUGCUGAUAUUCAGAGAAUGCAUGCAUUCGUCCAACGAGCAUCUUGAAGAGCAAAAAACGGCACAUUUCAAGCACAGACAGCCGGCUUUGGCAGCCAUGCUUAUUCAGGUGACACCGUUGAUACCGGAUGCUGUAUAUAUUGGCUGGAUGCAGAAGAUCAAGUCCAGUUUGGUGGAUCCGGUGGUGAACAACGAGGAAAAACAGGCAUUGCUAGAUAAGCUGUGGGAUUCGAUUCUUGUGGCCAACAAGCACUUUCCAGAUAAAGGGAGUGCCGCUAUUCGUUGGUGGUAUCGGGGGGAAGAAGCAAGAUUAUGA